AUGAGAUCAUUACGGAACGUCUUUACAUAUACAAAGACAAAACCAUCACGCCAAUUUUCGACAAGUAUUCCUGCAAGAUGUGAACUUUCACACAAUGAUAUACUAGAUAAGCCGAACAAUUCAGUGUUAAAACAUCGUGAAAUUGUUCAGCUACAUCCGGUUAAUGACUUACGACGGACGGUUACGGUAUCGUCAUAUAAUAUUCUUUCCCGACAUUACAUGUGGCCUUCAAUAUAUGGAUAUCUUCCUGCCAAGGAUAGGACAUGGAAGAAUCGCCUUGAACUUCUCAAUCAGAACUUCUUGGACCUUUCAAAAUUCUCUGAUAUAAUGUGCUUCCAGGAGAUGGAGUACAGCGUUUACCGGAAUGUCUGGGAAAAGCUGAUGAGGGACCGAAACUUUGGGUCAAUAUUUGAAAGAAAGCUGCGACCUGGAUACUGGGACAAGACGUUGACUAUGAUGGAUGGUGUCUCAAUUUUUUACAAUCUGAAUACGUUUAGAAUGCUUAAUUAUCAGAGAGUGAAGUAUACCGCAUUUUUCAAGGAACCAUCCUUUUUUGAUCAGACAAAGGACACAAAGGAGAGAUUAGUUACACGAAAUAAUGUUGCCUUAGUUGCUGUGCUACAACAUCUAGCUACAAAUGAGAUAUUUUUUGUUUCAAACACGCAUCUCUAUUGGUCGCCAAGACACGAAGACGUAAAAUUAUUACAAGCUUACGUUCUCACAAAAAUUAUUCAGAAGGCUGUACAAAGACAUUUCCAAUGUUCAAAAGAGCAGAUGAAGAAGUUGAUGGAUGGUCCAUGUGGCGUGAAUAUUAUUUUAACUGGUGAUUUAAAUUCUUCUCCCAAUUCUAUGACUUACAAGUAUUUGACCCAUGGUUCAAUAGAUAUAGAGAAAGAGGAAAAGUUUGCAGGCUACAAUUAUGGACAUACUAUUAAAUCACCUCUUAUAAAUCCAUUAGGAAAACUGAACUCGCCUUACAGAUCGUUGUUUGAGAAUAAUGAAUUUACCAGGACCGCUUACUUACCGAAAUUCAAAAAAAUCAUUGAUUAUCUUAUGUACAAUGAGAGUUCUGCCAGAAUAAGGCCAACGAAAGUCGUGAAUGAGCUUAAGGAUAAUUAUUUGAACAGUUAUGAAGGAUUCCCAAAUUCCGAUUAUCCUAGUGACCAUUUACCUAUCAUUGGCCAAUUCGAGAUUAUCUGA